AUGUGGUUGUUGGCGUUGCACUCACCAGCUUCUUGUAGAAGCAAGAAGAUUGAGGAUAAAGACUUGUAUGGACUUCCGAAAGAGUACUACGACGAUGAAUGGCAAGCUAAGCAGAGGGAAAAGACAAAGGAGCUCCGUAGGAAGCAAAAAGAGGAGGAAGAGGAAGAGGAAAGGAAGGUUGACGAAUACCGUGAAAUUGGAAUGAGGCUGAAGGCUUAUCCAGAUGAAGAGCUUCGAAAAGCUAAGAAGUUAGUUACUAGCUUUAUAAGAGCAGCCGAAGAGAUCGAAGAGAGAAUUGAAGAAGCUGCUGAGAAAGGUGAACUGAAUGAACUAGUGCUGUUGGUGAUAUGGAAUCGCCUUGAUCUCGCUCGCCGAGAUGAAGAAAAGGAUGUCAUUAGAAGCCUUGAUCUUUUGUACAGGAGGGUUGAGACUGAGAUUUUGAAACGGGAGGCGACCCCAGCAAUGAGCUUACUUAAUGAACUAUUAAAUAUGCAUGAUGGGUUUGAUGAAGAGGGUUGGCUCAAGGUAUGUAAGAAGCGUAUGAUUCAAAAAUUUCCCAGAGAGGAUCCAUUCAGUAUUCUAGUACCUGCUGGAUUCGACAUUGAUAAGCAUCAAGGACCAAUGAGACCACCCGUUGAGACUGAUGAUGUUCUUCUAAGAGUAGAUUUUGUAAGGGAAGUCGAUGCACUGCUGCAAGAGGUCCGAUCUGAACAAGAGGCGGCUUCAAAGCAAGCCCUUGAUCCAGAAUCAGUUGCUAGUAGAUUAAAACAGCAGGAGAAACAGCGUGCCAUUCGCCAAGUAGAAGCACUAUUGGAUUUGGCCAUUAAUUUGACAUGGUAG